CAGUCGCUAGCAUUUUCUUUGCCUCGGAGCAUCGCACUAAAGGCACAGUUCUUGGCGUUCUUGGAAAAGUUAAGCUUCAGAGCACCCUAGCAACGGAUUUUACUGCGAAGCAACGAUGUGUGGCAUAUGGGCGAUAUUCGGCAGCGAAGCCAAAAUCUCAGAGCAGGCACCAAACAGUUUCACCAUAUCCCACCGCGGUCCAGACGCCUCCUGUGUGACCACCAUCAACCAUUUUACCAACUGCUGUCUCGGUUUCCACCAUCUUGCCAUCAAUGAUGGCGUAUUUGGAAUGCAGCCGAUGAGAGUGCGCAGUAUGCCGCACCUGUGGAUGGUGUACAACGGUGAAAUUUACAAUUGCAAAUUGUUGCAGGAAGAAUUCGGGUUCAAGUACCAAACCAACUGUGAUGGGGAAGCCAUCUUGCACUGUUACAACCACGGCGGUGCAGAGUUUCUUGCUAAGCACCUCGACGGCGUGUUUGCCUUCUGUCUAUUCGAUACAGAGAAGAGAAGGGUUUUCCUUGGCAGAGAUACGUUUGGCGUUCGUCCAGCUUUUCGCUUGACCACAGAGGACGGAUUUCUGGCUGUUUGUUCCGAAAUCAAAGGAUUGCAAAAUCUCAUCCACAACGGCGCAGCUAGUACAAUUGAAGCGUUGUCGCCUGGUCACACGGAAGAAUAUCUCCUGGACGACGACAACAAGGCCAGGCUGGUAGACCGGGAGCGAUUUCAUUUCCAGGCACAGCCACCGGUUUACAAAACCAUAGCGGAACCUCUCGGAAACGACCCGCUAGCCAAUGUCCGCAACCUAAUGACCGCGGCCGUGAAGAAAAGGUUGAUGUCUCAGCGGCGUAUCGGAUGUCUACUAUCUGGUGGCGUGGAUUCCAGCCUCGUUGCCGCCUUGGUUGUGAAGAGCGCCAGAGAAGUGGGCAUAGACUACACCAUACAGACGUUCGCCGCCGGCAUGCCGGGCAGCACAGACAUCAUAGCAGCGCGCAAGGUAGCUGAAUACCUCGGCACAGAACAUCACGAGGUCAUAUUCUCUGAAGAAGAAGGAUUGGCCGCCCUUAAUGACAUGGUGUAUCACCUAGAGAGCUAUGACAUCAUCACUAUACGUGGGGCUGUUGGGCUCUACUUCGUAGCCAAGUACAUAAGAGAAAAGACAGAUACAGUAGUCGUGUUCUCCGGCGAGGGCGCAGACGAGCUUUACCAGGGGUACAUAUACUUCCAUAACGCCCCGGAUGUAAAGGCGGCGGACAGAGAGAGCAGACGACUUCUUCAGGAUCUCUAUCUGUUUGACGUGUUACGUGGUGAUAGGAUUAUCUCCGGUUUUGGUUUAGAACUGCGGCUACCUUUUCUUGACCAUGAACUGACCAGCUAUAUUCUCUCUUUGGACCCCAACAUCCGCCAUAUUGUCGACGGAAUCGAGAAGCAUCUGCUCCGAUCGGCCUUCGACGCAACGGGACUCCUGCCCCGUGAGACGCUGUGGCGACCCAAGGAGAGUUUUAGUGACGGCGUCUCCUCUAAUGUUCGCUCUUGGCAUCACAUCCUGCGGGAGUUCACCGACGAUAAGGUCACUGACGCAGACAUGAUGAACGCCAGCCGUAAGUUUCCCCACAAUCCACCGAAAUCUAAAGAGGCCUUUUACUUCCGUCGCCUCUUUGAGGACUUUUUCCCUGGGAAAGCCGACCUAAUCCCGUACCUCUGGAUGCCCAAGUGGUCGGGAGAAACAACCGAACCUUCGGCAAGGAACCUGAAAGCUUACAGGACAGCAUAAUUGCAUGUGUGCAAGUGCAACUUUGGUUGUGGGGCAAACUGGAAAUUUCAUCUACGGAUACAAGCACUUUGACUAAGGAUGGGUUUAAGAGCACUAAUUUGGACCGGUUGUAUUGUAUAGAACUGUGAGUCUAUAUUAUUGUGUCUUAUAAUAGCACACGCACGUUCCCUACAUGUUUGUGGUUUAAACAUAUCAUUAUUAAUGUACCGUUAUAAACCUGUGUAUUCCAAUUUUAUGAAAUCGUUAUAUAUAAAGUUGAAUGAGUGAUUACUGCUGUGUUGAUUUAUAAGUCCUGUUCGCUCCAGACUUAGUUAAGAGGGAGAUAUUAUUUUUAGUGCGACUCUUCUGAAGAAAAAGUGUAAGUUGAAAUGAUAUAAAUUAAUAACACGCAUGCACACACACACGCAAGAGUGUAUCAACUAUU